UGCUCCAACCGUUAAGAUGUUAAUUUCAGACAAUUGGCUACGCGCGAUAUUAUUUUUCAUCGUUGCAACAUUGGCUGUGCUCAACGGAGUGACAGCUGAUGAUGACGUGAUUGAUUAUCGCCUGCCCUCGGCUGUUGUACCCACGCACUACACAUUGUAUCUGCACCCUGAAUUAGACACUGGCAAUUUCACAGGACAGGAACUGAUUAGUAUCAAAGUUGUCGAAGCAACGAAGCAAAUCAUUUUGCAUUCGAACAAACUUACCAUCACCAGUGUUUAUGUGCUGAACAGAGAAGUUGACAAAUAUGAACUUGAUCCUGUGCGUGAGUUCCUUAUCAUCGAUUUGGUUGAGGAGCUUACAGUGGAUGCUACCAUUACUCUGGGAAUAGUUUUUGGAGGAGAAUCCCAAAAUAAGCUUGUAGGAUUGUAUAGCAGCAGCUAUCAAACGCCGGCUGGCCAGCAAAGGAAAAUUGCCACCACGAAAUUCGAGCCAACUUAUGCACGCCAGGCCUUCCCCUGUUUCGAUGAACCUGAAAUGAAGGCAACAUUCAACAUCAGUGUCAUUCAUCCCAGUGAAGGCUCCUACGAUGCUGUCUCCAAUAUGAACAAAAUUGAAACGCAGAAUUUGGGUGAAAAUACAAUGGCCACCUUUGGCAUGAGCGUUCCAAUGAGCACAUAUCUGGCAUGUAUUAUUGUCUCAGAUUUCGAGAAAAAAACGAGCACAGUCAGGGCCAAUGGAAUUGGUGAGGAUUUCGAGAUGGGUGCAUAUGCCACACCUCAUCAGCUGAGCAAAGUAGAUUUUGCCCUGGAUUUUGGAGUUGCUGUCACAGAGUACUACAUCCAGUACUUUAAAGUACCUUAUCCUCUACCCAAGUUGGAUAUGGCUGCAAUUCCCGACUUUGCUUCGGGUGCAAUGGAACACUGGGGUUUGGUAACCUACCGCGAGACAGCUCUGCUAUAUGACGAUGACUACAGCUCUACGGCAAACAAACAGUCUAUAGCUGGAACCUUGGCUCAUGAAAUUACCCACCAAUGGUUCGGUAAUCUUGUUACCAUGAAGUGGUGGAACGAUCUCUGGCUAAAUGAGGGAUUUGCUCGGUUUAUGCAGUACAAAGGAGUGAACGCCGUUUAUCCAGACUGGGGAAUGUUGGAACAAUUCCAAAUCUUGUCAAUGCAUUCAGUGCUGAUCUUCGACGCCAAGCUCUCAUCACACCCUAUCGUUCAAAAGGUCGAGUCACCUGAUGAGAUUACCGCAAUUUUCGAUACGAUUAGCUAUGACAAAGCUGGCUCCAUUCUUCGUAUGCUGGAAAAUCUUGUUGGCUCUGAGAAAUUCGAGGAAGCAGUUACCAAUUACUUAAUUAAAUUCGAGUACGGCAAUACGGUCACUGACGACUUUUUGACCGAAGUAGCUGCUGUAUUCAGCGACUUAGAUGUUAAGCAAUUGAUGCGCACAUGGACCGAGCAGAUGGGUUAUCCAGUGCUUAAUGUAUCACGAUCUAAUGCAGGUUUUACAAUCACACAACAACGAUUCCUCUCAAAUAAGGAGAGUUAUAACGAAGAAGCAGAGGCUAGUGAAUUCAACUACAAGUGGAGCAUUCCGGUUACAUAUAUCCUAGAUACCUUUGCCAGCGGUGAAGUCAAGGACCUGAUAUUCGACUAUAAUCUAGAUGCAGCAGGAAUUGAAGUGGACAGCGAUGUUAAGUGGAUCAAGUUGAAUGUGCAUCAGACUGGUUACUAUCGUGUGAACUACGACAGCAUCCUAUGGGAGGUAAUCAAUAAUCAACUUAUCGAAGAUCCCUCUCGUUUCGAUAUUGCCGAUCGUGCGCAUCUGUUGAAUGAUGCAUUUGCCCUCGCCGAUGCCAGUCAAUUGGCCUACAGCGUGCCUCUGGAGAUGACAUCUUACCUGGCACAGGAAACGGACUUUGUGCCAUGGUAUGUGGCUGCCUCUAAGCUGCAGUCUUUGAAGAGUAGCCUGCAGUAUACCGAUAGUUAUUCUUCGUACUUAACUUAUGCACGUUCUAUUCUUGCUAAUGUCUACUCGGAGGUAGGCUGGACUGUAGAUGCGGACAAUCAUUUGAGAAACCGCCUGCGAGUUUCUGUGCUGACUGCAGCUUGUUCUUUGGGACUUCCUGAUUGCCUUAGUCAAGCAGCUCAGCGUUUCACUAACUUUGUUCAGAAUCCCACUGCUGCCAACCGGCCAUCUCCUGAUCUGCGCGAGAUCGUCUACUACUACGGAAUGCAACAAUCGAGUAGCGAGUCAAACUGGGAGAAGCUUUUGGAGAUUUUCAAGGCUGAAACCGAUGCCAGCGAGAAGUUGAAGCUUAUGUAUGGUCUUUCCGGUGUGCAGGAUGCUCAGCUGCUUUAUCGUUACCUUGAACUGGCCACAGAUGAGAGCAUCGUUCGAAGCCAGGACUAUUUCACCUGCGUUCAAUACAUUGCCGGCAAUCCUGUGGGUGCACCGAUCGUCUGGGAAUACUACCGGGAACAAUGGCCUCAGUUGGUAGAGCGCUUUGGACUUAAUGAUCGGACUUUGGGCAGACUUAUUGCUAGCAUUACAGCCAACUUUGCAAGUGAGGUGAAGUUGGAGGAGGUGCAAUACUUCUUUAGCAAAUAUCCAGAGUCUGGAGCUGGUGCCAGUUCUCGUCUGCAGGCAAUCGAAACCAUUAAGUACAACAUUAAUUGGCUGCAAGAAAAUAGCGAUGAAAUUACUACAUGGCUAAGUGGAAAACUAACUGUCGACGUUCCAACAGUUAAGAUGUUAAUAUCGGAAAAUUGGCUACGCGCGAUAUUAUUUUGGGCAGUUGCUGCGUUGGCUGUGAUCAACGGAGUGACAGCUGACGAGGAGGAGAUUGAUUAUCGUCUGCCCACGGCCCUUGCACCCACACAUUAUACGCUGUACUUGCACCCUGAAUUGGAUACUGGCAAUUUUACGGGCCAGGAACUGAUUACAAUUAGAGUCAUCGAGGCAACAAAGCAAAUCAUCUUGCAUUCGAACAAAUUGACCAUCAGCAAUGUUUAUGUUCUGAACAGAGAGGUAGAAAACUAUGAACUUGAUACUGUGCGUGAGUUUCUCAUCAUUGACUUGGCGGAGGAGUUGACGGUAAAUGCGGUCAUCACUCUGGGAGUGCUGUUUGAAGGACAAUUAUUGAAUAAGCUGACCGGACUAUAUAGCAGCAGCUAUCAGGCGCCAUCAGGGGAGCAAAGAAAUAUUGCUACAACGCAAUUCGAAGCAACUUAUGCACGUGAAGCUUUUCCUUGCUUCGAUGAGCCCGCUAUGAAGGCCACCUUUCAAAUUACCGUCGUCCAUCCGUCCGAUGCCUACGAUGCACUAUCGAACAUGAACAAAAUUGAAACGCAGUACCUGGGUGAGAAUACCAUGGCUACCUUUGGUAUUAGCGUUCCAAUGAGCACGUAUCUGGCAUGUAUCAUUGUAUCGGACUUUGAGUCAUUAAGUAAGACAGUGCAGACCAAUGGAAUUGGAAACGACUUCCAGCUGAGUGCAUAUGCCACACCUCAUCAGUUGAGCAAAGUACAAUUCGCACUUGACUUCGGUGCUGCUGUCACAGAGUACUACAUCCAGUACUUUAAAGUUGCUUAUCCGCUACCCAAGUUGGAUAUGGCUGCAAUUCCCGACUUCGCCUCAAAUGCAAUGGAGAAUUGGGGAUUGCUGACCUAUCGCGAGACUGCUCUGCUCUAUGAUGAUGACUACAGCUCUACCUACAACAAACAGUCUAUAGCUGCAGUUUUGGCUCAUGAGAUUACUCAUCAAUGGUUUGGCAAUCUUGUUACCAUGCAAUGGUGGAAUGACCUGUGGCUAAAUGAGGGAUUCGCCCGGUUUUUGCAGUACAAGGGAGUGAACGCCGUUUAUCCAGACUGGGGAAUGCUUGAACAAUUCCAAAUAAUUGCUCUACAUCCGGUACUCGUUUUCGACGCGAAACUUUCUUCACAUCCAAUUGUUCAAAAGGCUGAGUCACCCAGCGAAAUCUCCGCACUCUUUGAUACGAUUAGCUAUGAGAAGGCUGGCUCCAUACUUCGUAUGUUGGAGAACCUUGUGGGUUCUGAGAAGUUUGAGGAAGCAGUUACCAAUUAUUUGAUUAACUUCACCUACGGCAAUACUGUCACUGAUGACUUCUUGACCGAAGUAGCUGCUGUAGUCAGUGACUUCGAUGUUAAGCAAUUGAUGCGCACAUGGACCGAGCAGAUGGGUUACCCUGUGCUUAAUGUAACUCGCACUAAUGCAGGUUUCGUCAUUACACAACAGAGAUUCCUCUCAAACAAGGAGAGCUAUAACGAAGAAGCAGAGGCUAGUGAAUUCAACUACAAGUGGAGCGUUCCAGUUACAUAUAUCCUAGAUACCUUUGCCAGUGAUGAAGUCGAGGACCUGAUCUUCCAAUAUGACCAAGACUCUGUAGCUAUUGCAGCUUCCAGCGAUGUUAAAUGGAUCAAAAUGAAUGUGCAUCAAUAUGGAUACUAUCGUGUCAACUAUGACAGCAAUCUAUGGGAGGUAAUCAAUAACCAACUUAUUGAAGAACCCACUCGCUUUGCCAUUGCCGAUCGUGCGCAUCUGUUGAAUGAUGCCUUUGCCCUCGCCGAUGCCGGUCAAUUGGCCUACAGCGUGCCUCUGGAAAUGACAUCUUACCUGGCCCAGGAGAAGGACUUUGUGCCAUGGUAUGUGGCUGCCUCUAAGCUGCAGUCUCUACAGAGCAGUCUGAUGUACACUGAUAGUUAUGUUUCUUACAUAAAUUAUGCGCGUUAUCUUCUCACAAACAUCUACUCAGAAGUUGGUUGGACUGUCGACGCAGACGAUCAUUUGAAAAAUCGCCUGCGAGUUUCUGUGCUAACUGCAGCGUGUGCGCUGGGAGUUCCUGACUGUCUCAGUCAAGCAGCUCAGCGUUUCACCACAUGGCUCAAUAAUCCAACUGCUGCCAAUCGACCAGCUCCUGAUUUACGCGAGGUCGUCUACUACUACGGAAUGCAACAGUCGAGUAGCGAAUCUAAUUGGGAGAAGUUGUGGGAGAUUUUUAAGGCUGAAUCCGAUGCCAGCGAAAAGUUGAAACUUAUGUAUGGUCUGUCCGGUGUGCAGGAUCCUCAGCUCCUUUAUCGUUUCCUCAAUCUUGGUUCGGAUGAGAGCAUUAUUCGCUCGCAAGACUAUCUGACCUGCAUACAAAAUAUUGCCGCCAAUCCUGUGGGUGAGCCGGUUGUCUGGGAGUUCUACCGGGAGCAAUGGCCUCAGCUGGUUGAGCGCUAUGGUCUAAAUAGUCGCUAUCUUGGCAGAGUGAUUGCCAGUAUAACUGGACGCUUCGAAAGCCAGGUGAAGUUGGAUGAGGUUGAAGCAUUCUACAAAAAAUACCCUGAGUCUGGAGCUGGUGCAGCGUCUCGUCAGCAGGCUAUCGAAACCAUCAAGUACAACAUUAAUUGGCUACAGGAGAAUGGGGCUAGCAUUGCCAAUUGGCUGGACGGGACGGCCAAUCCACUGACCGUCAAAAACCCAUAGUAAAAUUUCAAAUAUCCAAUUGCAUCAAUAAAUAGCAAUUAUAUGUGUCAAUUAUUACCCCGAUUCCAAUUGCAUAAUAAGGAAUGUUGCUAAAUAACAAUAAAGAAUAUGAAAUUCAUGCCAUAAACUAAA